GGAAGGCGCCCGGAAGGAAGCCAGCCCCCCAGGCACUGGGUGGGCUGCGCCGGGCGGCUCGCGGACCUUCCUGGGUUGGAGAGGUGCGCACCGUCUGCACCUUACCCGGCGGCUGACAUCUCCCGCCCAGGAGAUGGGCGCUGGAGCUUGAGUUCCUGAGUCUCUGGAGCCACCACCUGCGAAUGUCCUUCGCUUCUCCGGAGCUGUACCCAGCCGCCCUGUGAGACUAUUCCAGGAUUUGGACGACCAUCUUCAAAAACCAAAAAUGAAGUUCACAUUCACACGCCGGUGCUUGGUACUCUUCAUCUUUCUAAAUCACCCAACCCCAAUUCUUCCUGCCAAUUCGAAUAACACCUAUCCUCCCAAUAUGAAGUCCGAGCCAUUUCUGUAUGUCCUAGGACGAAAGAAAAUGUCGGAUGCGCAGUACAAAUGCUAUGACCGCAUGCAGCAGUUACCCCCAUACCAAGGAGAAGGUCCGUAUUGCAACCGUACCUGGGAUGGAUGGCUGUGUUGGGAUGAUACACCGGCUGGAGUAUUGUCCCAUCAGUACUGCCCAGAUUACUUUCCAGACUUUGAUCCAACAGAAAAGGUUACAAAAUACUGUGAUGAGAAUGGGGAGUGGUAUAAGCAUCCUGAGAACAAUCGAACCUGGUCCAACUAUACUAUGUGUAACGCUUUCACUCCUGAGAAACUGAAGAAUGCAUACGUUCUGUACUACUUGGCUAUUGUGGGCCAUUCUUUGUCGAUUUUCACCUUGGUGAUUUCGCUGGGGAUUUUCGUGUUUUUCAAGAGCCUUGGCUGUCAAAGGGUGACUCUGCACAAGAACAUGUUUCUGACUUACAUUCUGAAUUCCAUGAUUAUCAUCAUCCACCUGGUUGAAGUCGUACCCAAUGGAGAGCUUGUGAGAAGGGAUCCUCUGAGCUGCAAGAUUUUGCAUUUCUUUCACCAGUACAUGAUGGCAUGCAAUUAUUUCUGGAUGCUCUGUGAAGGAAUCUAUCUGCACACCCUCAUCGUGGUGGCCGUGUUCACCGAGGAGCAGCACCUGCGCUGGUAUUAUCUCUUGGGCUGGGGGUUCCCGCUGGUGCCAACCACUAUCCAUGCGAUUACUCGGGCUCUGUACUUCAACGACAACUGCUGGCUGAGUGUGGAAACCCAUUUGCUUUACAUCAUCCACGGUCCCGUCAUGGCCGCACUGGUGGUCAAUUUCUUCUUCCUGCUCAACAUCGUCCGGGUGCUCGUGAGCAAGCUGAGGGAGACCCAGGAGGCAGAAUCGCACAUGUACCUGAAGGCCGUGAGGGCCACUCUGAUCCUGGUGCCCCUGCUCGGAAUCCAGUUUGUUGUCUUUCCCUGGAGGCCUUCCAACAAGAUGCUUGGGAAGAUCUACGAUUACCUGAUGCACUCUCUGAUUCACUUCCAGGGAUUCUUUGUCGCCGUGAUCUACUGCUUCUGCAACAACGAGGUCCAAACCACCGUGAAGCGCCAAUGGGCGCAGUUUAAAACCCAGUGGGAUCAGCGCUGGGGGCGAAGGAACCCCCGCCGCUCUGCGGCCAAUGCCGCUGCCGCCGCCGCCGCCGCUGCUGCCGCCGCCGCGGCCGAAGCCGGGGACAUCCCGGUUUAUAUCUGCCACCAGGAGCCGAGGAACGAAGCCGCCGACAACCUGGGCGAAGGGGGUGCCGAGGUCAUUGCUUUGGAAAUCAUUGAGCAAGAGUCAUCCGCUUGAAUGUGAAGCUAGCGCAGCAUCGUGAUCACUGAGCCUUCAUUUCCUGGGAGACAGACAGACCAUCCGUUUAAAGUGAUCCCCAUCCUCCCAGGAGCUGAGCAUAUCAUUUGUGAAGAAUUAUUAAGUGAAUUUGUCCAUAGUAAAUCUGGAGAAAGUUAUCCUUGGUACUAUUGCUGUGGGAGACAGUCUAGGAAUGGGGUCUCCCACUGCAUCCCUUGUGAACCCCAUCUUUCAUCUGGGACUGAGAUGCAGUUGUCUUAGUAAUGCAAGCAAAGUAUCCAAGAAAAACACAAUUAAAUUGACCUAGUUCAGAAACAGGGUGCUCCUUGUUAAUCUUGAGCCAUUUAUAACUUUGAAAAAUUAAAAGCACGGUCACUAUUUUUCUUUUUAACUCUAGACUUUGAAUCAGAAUAUUUCUGUAUUUGGCUAUGGAUCUGAUUUUUAAUUUUUUUAUUUCAAUCAAUUCUGAUGUUACUCAGAUGUUUUACCAUCCUCACAAUGUAAACCGCACAAAUUACAUGACCUCUGCAAGACCAAGUGGCUUUCUUAUAUAGAGAUGACUAAGAAGGUAGAGGGGAGACCUGCAUUUGGCAGGAAGAGGUUAUGUUUUGGAUGAAAAAGAAAUUUAGGGUCAAUUUGCUUAAAACAUUAGAUGGGCCAGUUUGUUAACUGGUUUAUUAAUAUCGUAUGCUCAGCGUGGUUUUGGAUAAUCCUGUCCGUCGAACAGGCCCUAACUGCCGUAAGAACUGGCCCUCACGUUGAGUGUGCUUUGGUUGCUGGCAUUUAUAAAUUGGGAGGUCACAAAGAAUCCAUCACUAAAUUUUUCACAAAACUGCCAAAAAUA